CCCGCAAUCCCCGGAACGGCGACGUAGAACGCCGGCCACGCGGCUGCGCGUCGCGCCCCGGCCAUGGCGGCGUGGUGGCUGCGCUCGACGGAGCAGCGUGCCGCGGACUGAGUCCGGCGCGCUCCUCCAUCGAGCGUGGCUGCGGGCGUCGCGAGCACGACUUUCCGAGGCGCGAGCAGGCGGCGGCUGCGGGGCAUUUCGCCAGCGGUCGCUGGCGCAAGCUUUCGGCGGUGACAGCGGCGUGCAAGGCGCGGAAGCCAGGCGACGCACGCUUCCAUUUUACGCAGCGGUGGCGCCUGCUUCCUUCCGCAAACCGUCCUGAGAGACGGCGGUGCUCCAGCCAUGGGUGCACGCACGGCGGCGGCAGCCGUGCGGACCCGAAGGCCAGCGUCAUCUAAGGUUCCAGAAUUGGGGAUUCUCUAGGGUUCGGCGGAAUUGGUAUGAUGGUUUGCUUCCUUUAAUUUCGCCGAUUCAUCACGUUCUAAUGGCACCAACAAGAGCUUAAAUCAGUGCUAAUCAACAUGUCUUUAUGCGGAAGCGUGGCAGAAUUAAACUAACAGAACAUGAUUGGUCAUAAUCAUUGGAUAAUUAGCACUGGCCCGUGGCCAAUUAUACUUUAAGCAAAACCUCUUAACCCUAGAGAUUGAUCUUGACUUCAACAGAGGGCAAUUUGACUAAACAUUAAUCAUUAACCUUUAACAGUGAUGAUCUGGACUUACUUAAGCACAUUAACAUAACCAGAACAUCAUUAGGGAUCUAAUCUAGGCAUAUUACGGCUCUGAUAUCAUUGUUAGACUUAAUCCAGUAGGAUAGAUUUGAUCUUAUGCCUAGAAUUCAGAUCACCUAAUUGCUUAUGAACAGAGAGGGGUUGAGUUCUUACCACUAAUGGAAGAAGCCAUUGGUGUAGGCGAUGCGAAGUCCCGUGCUUGCUCGAUGCAGGCGUGAUGCGGGCUUGGGGUACACGUUCGCAGCGGGUAGCGGCGUCCCUUCGGGCGCCACCGGCACUGCCCUGGGACAGGGGCACAGCUCGGAGAUGAUCUUCCCGUCGUGCAGCACUCCCCCAGAUCGGUUAGGGUUUAGGGAUGUGGGGAGCAGGGGAAAACCUUACGUGAACUCGUCUAACGCAGGUGCCGGCUGCUCCCCAUCCUUUUAUGUGUGCGCUGGCCACUUGUUGGUUAGGGUGCCCCCGAUCAGGGCGCAUGAGUUGGGAUCAAGGGGUUCAAACGUUGGUUCGUUACCCCCUUCCCUCAUGUUAGCUUAUCCUCCUUUUUUUUUCUGUUCAGCCCGUUGGGCCUUAGAUCAAUACCAACAGGCUAAUCUCUUCCCACGUCACGCCGGCGUCCCCGCGCCGGACGCCGACGAGGCAAAAGAAAUCUAUGACGAAGCUCGGAGAGUGGUGUCCACCUACGAGACCGUUCCCAGCGGAAUCGUGGUUGAUUACCACCGCCACCCCGACGGGUGGUAUAUGGCCCUGCCGGUGAUGGUGAGCUCCAUGGUCGCACAUCACCACUUCGAGGCCCGCGGGACCGAUGUGCUCCUUGUUACCAUCCCCAAGUCCGGGACCACCUGGAUCAAGGCUCUCCUCUACGCCGCCGCCCGCCGCACUGACGACGCAUCGUCCGUACUCCGGCAGCUCGCCUCCCACAACUCGCACCAGCUCGUUCCUUUCCUCGAGACCCAGGUGUACACCAAGGACCAGAUCCCCGACCUGAGCUCGCUUUCGGCGCCAUGGCUCUUCGCCACGCACGUCCCGGCGGAGUCGCUGCCAGCUUCCGUCGUGGCGUCGGGUUGCAAGGUGGUGUACUUGUGCCGGGACCCCAAGGACUGUUUCGUGUCUCUCUGGCACUUUAUGAACAAGCUGACCCCAUGGGACAUUGACGAGGCACACGGCCGGUUCUGCGACGGCGUCUCGGUGUAUGGGCCGUUCUGGGAGCACGUGCUAAGCUACUGGCGGUGGCACGUCGAGAGGCCGGGUCAGGUGCUCUUCCUUACUUACGAGGAGCUCAGCGCCGACCCGCUUGGCCAGCUGAGGCGCCUUGCCGAGUUCAUUGGGCACCCGUUCACGCCGGGAGAGCAGGAGGCCGGAAUAGACAGGGAGAUCGCGGAGGCAUGCGCCAUGAAGAGCAUGGUCAGUCAGGUGGUGAACCAGUCGGGGAUGACCGAAAUGACGGAGAUGCCGAUGCCCAACGGGAUCUUUUUCCGACGCGGCGUGGUCGGAGACUGGACCAACUACCUAACACCGGAAAUGGCAACAAGGAUUGAUGAGAUUACCAAGAGCAAGUUCGAAGGAUCCGGCCUGAUGCUGCCCGAAACGAACUCGAAAAUCACAAAGAUCUAGCAUUCCUACAUUGUUGCAUUUGAUGUUUUAAAUCGUUCGCCAUAAUUUGGUCCCUCUUGUUGUAAACUGCAGACUGAUGUCGCUGGCUUGCCUGAAUAAAAAAAAUUACAUUAUUUA